UCCGAGGACUCCCGGGGCCCCGAGCGGAGCUGACAGCCCCCUGCUGCUGGCCGCGCCGCGAUGCUGGUGAGGAAAGUGCCGGGCUUCGUCCCGGCCUCGCCGUGGGGGCUGCGGCUGCCGCAGAAGUUCCUUUUUCUGCUCUUCCUCUCGGGCCUCGUCACCCUGUGCUUCGGCGCCCUGUUCCUGCUGCCCCACUCCUCUCGCCUCAAGCGCCUCUUCUCGGCCUCGCGGACCCAACAGCCCGGCCUGGAGAUGAUGGCCGAAAUCGCCAGCCACCACGCGAUGCCAGAGCAAGAGCUGCCUCCCAACCCUGCCCCUGCGGCUCCGGCCCCGGGUGAGGACGAUCCCGGCCGCCUGGUUGGUGUCCUCCGUAGGAAAGAGUGGCUGCGGCGAACCCGCCCCACCGGGCCCCGGGAGGAGGGCAACAGGGUUGCAGCCCUCAGGCCGCAGGACGAGAGCGUCCGGUUCAGUUUCGACUACAAGGGUUUCCGCAGUCGCCUUCGACACCCGGUCUUGGGGACAAGGAGUGAUGAGAGUGAGGAGUCCCAGAGUCUAGUGCGAGCUCAGCGAGAGAAAAUCAAAGAGAUGAUGCGGUUUUCGUGGCAGAAUUACCGCCGUUAUGCGAUGGGCAAGAAUGAGCUCCGGCCACUCACAAAGGACGGCUUCGAGGGCAGCAUGUUUGGUGGUCUCAGUGGCGCUACCAUCAUCGAUUCUCUCGACACGCUCUACCUCAUGGAGCUGAGGGAAGAGUUCCAGGAGGCCAAGGCCUGGGUGCAAGACAGCUUCCACCUGAACGUGAGUGGAGAAGCAUCUUUGUUUGAAGUGAACAUCCGGUAUAUCGGAGGACUGCUCUCUGCCUUCUACCUGACAGGAGAAGAGGUGUUCCGAGUGAAGGCCAUCAAGCUGGGAGAGAAACUGCUGCCUGCCUUCAACACACCCACGGGCAUCCCCAAGGGCGUGGUGAACUUCAAAAGCGGUAGCUGGGGCUGGGCCACCGCGGGCAGCAGCAGCAUCCUGGCUGAGUUUGGGUCCCUGCACUUGGAAUUCCUGCAUCUCACUGAACUCUCUGGCAAUCCAGUCUUUGCAGAAAAGGUCAGAAAUAUCCGCAAGGUCCUCAGGGAGAUUGACAAACCCUUCGGCCUCUACCCCAACUUCUUGAGCCCAGUGAGUGGGAACUGGGUGCAGCAUCAUGUCUCAGUCGGAGGGCUGGGGGACAGUUUUUAUGAAUAUUUGAUCAAGUCCUGGUUGAUGUCUGCCAAAACAGACACGGAGGCUAAAACCAUGUACUACGAGGCCUUGGAGGCCAUAGAGACAUACCUGGUGAACGUCUCUCCUGGGGGUCUGACCUACAUUGCUGAGUGGCGUGGAGGAAUUCUGGACCACAAGAUGGGACACCUAGCCUGCUUCUCAGGGGGCAUGAUCGCCCUUGGUGCUGAGGAUGCCAAGGAAGAUAAAAGGGCCUACUACCGAGAGCUUGCAGCCCAGAUCACCAGGACGUGCCAUGAGUCCUACGCCCGCUCAGACACCAAGCUGGGGCCUGAGGCCUUCUGGUUCAACUCUGGCCGAGAGGCGGUGGCCACACAGCUGAGCGAGAGUUACUACAUCCUGCGACCUGAGGUGGUGGAGAGCUACAUGUACCUGUGGCGGCAGACACACGAUCCCAUCUACAGGGAGUGGGGCUGGGAGGUGGUGAUGGCCCUGGAGAAACACUGCCGGACAGAAGCCGGCUUCUCGGGCAUCCAGGAUGUGUACAGCAGUAACCCCAACCACGACAACAGGCAACAGAGCUUCUUCCUGGCUGAGACACUGAAAUACCUCUAUCUUCUGUUCUCUGAAGAUAACGUGCUGUCACUGGAAGACUGGGUGUUCAACACCGAGGCUCACCCACUGCCCGUCAACCGCUCGGACAGCUCCAGCAUGGCUGGGCACCGCCACUGACCACUGUCGCCACGCCCGUGUCUCAGGGAUGCCUCUACUUUCUUGGGAUCCGGGACCGUUCUCAGAGACACUGGGGACGGAAGGUCCACUGUGGGCAGACCCUGGACGGAUGUGUCGGACAGGCGACUUCUUUUCCUCUGUGAGGAGACAGGAGCUGGUGAUGAGCCAGCAUGGGCGCCGGGGCUGUGGUCCCUGGCACCCACACGUUCCUUUCUAUGGGGGAAUUUCUGUGUCCCCACAUUUGCUGUCCCUGGGCCAAAGGACUGGAGGUUUGCAUAUCCAUCUCAUGUAUUUGAUUCUGUUUCCUUUUUGGUUUAGGGAGCUCAGUUUUACUGGAUUUUAUUUUUUUUCUCCCCAUUUGAGUUUUAUGACAAAUAUAAUUUUCAAAAUCAUGCACCUUGUAAAGCGGUGUCACCUAACUCAAGGAGACCGUAAGUGUCUUUACACACACUCUCUCUUGACCCGUCUGCUUUUAAUGCCUAUCGCCCGACCUUGACUCUGUUUCACUUCUUGUCAUCCGAGGAGGCGCCCCCCCUUUGCUUUGGUCCCAAAUGUUACAAAUCACUAAUGCUAUUUUCAUUACUGUAAUGGAAAAAUAUGUGAGAUAGAAUAAAGGAGUUCAUUGAAUAAGAAAGAAGACUGGACUCAAUGGCCACCAGUGGCUCCUGGGAAAAAAUGUUCCAACAGUGUCAUCAGAAGCAAUCACCAGCUGCCAGCUGAGCUGAGUGUGAUUUAGUAAACCGGUCCAGCCUCUCUGUCUCCCUUCAGUUGGCUCUCGUAAAUCCAAGAAAUGUGAGGCCAGCCCUUUGGGUAGAAUUGGGUACAAAUACUCUGAUGGAGGAUUAGGAGAAGCCCAGGGAGGUGACUCUGUUUGCCUGAGGUCACACAGCCAGAAAAGAGACAGAAGUAAGCCUCACCUCUGGGAUCUCCUGGCUACCCUGGUCCUUUGUUCAUCUGCUGUCAAUCAGCAAUGCUUGUGGAGCCCCUGCCCCCACCAGGGUUAGAUGGUCUCUGUCCUGCAAUCCAGGCACUCAGAUCAUAUAUGGUGUCUCUACGUCACUGGAAUGACUAUAAACCAUUGAAAAUACCAACAAGGACACAUGAGGCUGAGGCAACAAUAGCCAGGGCCUGGCUGGGGGUUAGGGACAAGAAGGACUUUUAAGCAAAGACCCAGAGACAAGUAGGAGCUAUGUGUAGACAAGGACGUGGUACAGUGACAUCCUCUAACCCAGACCCCCUUGUCACUCUCUGUGCCAUCUCCCUAUGAACCCAGAAGCCAUCUGCAUGGCAAGGAGGCCCAGUCCCUACACUGAAGUGCCAGGCUUUCCUUUCCAACAGACCCACUGGCUGCCUGGGCAUAGCUGAGGUCCUGGGUAUUGUUGACUUUCCCAGCCCCUUCAUUAGACUGUGCUUGUCAACUGGCUAUCAAGGUAUUGGGGUUCUGGGCCUGGAGACUUCCCCACCCACCCACUGUGUGAGCCAAGACCAGUCACCUCACCUCUCUGGGCUCUUUUCCAUCAGCAAAAAUUCCACCUGCUGAGGUUGCUAUGAGAACCAGCAAGAUGCUCCUGAUAACCUGUGGUCCAGGAUCCACUGCCUCCUUGUUCUGGAGGCUCAGACAACCCAGCUCUUCCUGAGCAGCACUGUGCCUGCACAGUCCCCAUAGCAGGAAUUCCGGCCCUCAGAGCAUCAUUCACUUUGGUCAGGUGUCACAGAACGGGAUCUCCUGCUCUCCCUAGCACACACAUCAAAGGAACGGGAGCACUCGCUGCACUAACAUGGUAAAUACGGUCACCAUCCUACUCUCUGGAAUGAAUACUGUUAUAUUUUCUUCUAGACCUUUUUCUAUGAAUAUAUAGAAAAUAUAUUUUGCAAACAUGGUGUCAGCCUAUGCAUACUGUUUUCUUAUAGCCUGCUUUCGCACUUAACUAUAUAUUGUGGUCAUCUUUCCAUGUCAAAAAAAUAUACACGUAUGUCAGCACUC